AUGGAAGUGUUAGAGGUCGUGGUAAAGGUCUCAGACAUGGAGAUAGACGAAGGAGACAUUGUCAAAAUAGCUAACAUCAUCAGCAACAGUACAGCCCUACAAAGUGGCGACCCUGGGAUCACUACUCUUACUGCAACCAUCAUCAGCAACUUCGCAGAGAAAGAUGAAGAAGAACUUUCCGCGGUGGAAGAAAAUACUGGAGCGAUCACUCAAAUCCUGGAAAGUUUUGAAGAACAGCUUAACAAUCUUGACAUAUCGGAUGGACAAAGUUAUACCGCAUUUGAGAUGAAUGUAGCUGUACAGGUGACGAGUGUCGAACCGGCUGACUUUUUGUCGGGGUUGACCGUAUCUGCUAGUAGCACCUCCUCAGAUCUAAGGCAGGCUAACAUCACGCUCAAAGCCGGAGACAGCAUCGUCCAGGAAGAGAUCCUCACAGGAACUCGUGUCAGCAUUCCCUCUUCUGUCCUGAACAACCUCAGCAACGAAGUCGGGAGCGAGUCACGGGUGCGAGUGGCCCUCAGCGUUUUUAGGACACCGUUAUUGUUCUCUUCGCAGCGUAUCCGAAGGACCAACGACGGGCAGAGUAGUUUCAACCAGACCGUGAACUCAUUGGUUAUUGGUUUGACGCUCGGGGGACAGAAGAUGGCGACUUUGGGGGAGAACAUCGUAUUUAAGUACACACCUAUUCAGUCUGGCUUUGAAAAUCCCGUAUGUGUGUUCUGGGACUUCGAGGACACACUUGAUUGGUCAUCGAGAGGAUGUCAACAGAUUACGUCAGGAUCAGUUAAUGGUGAAAUAACAUGCAGCUGCGAUCAUCUGACGAAUUUCGCGGUAUUGAUGGAUUUAUAUUACGAACGUGUUGAGGCGUUACGGAUUAUUAGCAUCAUCGGUUGUGCCAUCUCUAUUGUGUGUUUAGUCAUUAUACUAAUCACCUAUCUAUCAAACAGGAACCUUCACGUCCACCAGUCGCAGAAGAUUUUCAUGUGUCUCUGCGGAACCCUUCUCGGUCUAUACCUCACCUUCCUCAUCAUGAGCGCAUUGGACCGUCAUCCCGACUACCCCGAAGUCACUCCCGUCCCUUGCGGCAUCCUCGCCGCUCUCGUUCACUUCUUCACCCUGUCCUCUAUGGCCUGGAUGGGCGUUGAGGGAAUCAACACCUAUCUCAUUGUCGUACGCGUCUUCGAUGCUUACAUUCCUCGUUUCAUGCUCAAAGCCAGCAUCGUGGCAUGGGGAGUCAGCGGUCUGAUCGUCCUCUUGACCGGCCUGGCAUCCCAAGAAAACUAUGCAGCAACAGACUACUGUUUUCUUCAGAAGUGGCCAACGGUCGGUGGACUCCUCAUCCCAAUAGCGAUCAUCCUCCUUGCAAACAUCGUCAUCUUCAGCUUGGUGGUUCGCCGCUUGAUCAAGUCGGCCAACGUCGCCUCUAAUAGCGACGCGGCUGGGACCAACCGCAAGGCGUCUAUCGAGCGCAUCAAGAACGCGGUCAGCGUCCUCCUUCUCCUCGGCUUGACCUGGGUCACGGGCUACCUGACCCUGAUUGACACCACAAGUCAGGUCACCCAAACUCUCUUCAUUGUCUUCAACUCUCUCCAAGGCUUCUUCAUCUUCAUCCUCUACUGCGCGAGGAACCCAGUAGUGCGCGCGUACUGGGCCAAGGUGUGCGGUUGCGGGCAGGACUCGUCGAGAACGAGCACCCGUGCGAACCAAGGAACGAGUCAGGGAAUCUCCUUGACCACGACCAAGUCGACGUCGGAAAACGACCAUGAUUAUGAGAAUCCGUCCUUCGAUGAUGAUAAGGAAUAUACUGACCUUGAUUUCUCUCAAGUCAAGAAAGGCGGUGAUCCGACGAAGCCGACGUCCUCCGGUAAGGAAUAUACUGACCUCGAUUUCUCUAAGAUCGAGAAAGGCGGUGAUCCAACGAAGACCUUUGACGGUAAGGAAGAUGUGGAUCCGGCCUAUGAAGUUUGUAUCAUAUAGAAUGUCAAUCAUAUAUAUUUUUCUGAAGUCUUUUACAAAAUAGAAUUGCAUCAAGAAAUACACUUGAAAUAUUUAUUGAAGACAAUCAUGGAGAUUAUCAUAAGAAAUAAAAUUACCUUAUAAAGUUAUUAUUUAUUUUGUUUGCGUAAAAGAUAUAUUAAAAGUAUCUAUAAUGCUGGAAUCCCAUUAAACCCGUUGAUUGGAAACAUAAUUCUCAAAAACAAAAUCACGUUAGCCUAUUGUUGUAAUACUUCAAAGACGUGUUUAAUUGUAUUUUUCCUGCGUUACAACGUAUAGCAGGAAAAUGUUGUAUACGCGGAUUCUUUUAAUGAUUACGUAAUGGGAGUGACGAGACGCCACGAUACCGCGAAGUAGGUCGGUCUGGCAGGCUUCCCAUAAAGUUUGUUAUUGAUGUAAUAUGUGAGUCAUUAACUGAGUAAUGAAGGGUGAGAAUAUACUGGAAGAUUCCAACUAGAGGGAAUUGUAUUCAAUGACCAGGAUGAACGAGACGAGUCAUUACAGUCCCUUUAUAUUGUAUCAUUUCGUUAAACGAAAUUAUUAUAUGAUAAAACAAGCUACUUGGUUAUAACAGAUAAUGGAUUAUGAAAUCAUUAUCUACAUGACUGGACCAUAAGUGACUAAUGAAUAUCCUGUUAGGAGUAAGUUUAUUUGUGGUUAUGAACUUAAACGAAUAAUAAGCGCAUGGCUUGAUUUAGCUUUCUCUAAUGACGAAGUGACUCUUUUAUGAAUAAUCCGGGGAAUAAUCCUUCUUUUUAGCGCUAAGUCGCUUUCUUUUUGUAUAUCAAUACCUAGUGUUGUUGAUCCUUUAUUUUCAUCGAGAGAUUAUUUAAUAAAAUGGUCGUGAGGAAUGGUGCCACAUUCCUGUAAUUGUUGACAACUCCUGAAAAGGGUCGAUGGCCCUGAGAUUUAGCAUAUUACAUACUACUUUUGUAGUAACUGCAGCUUUGGUCUAUGAUUGAAUUUCAACCCGAAAGGUUUAAGAGGGCAAUUUCUAUUCAAGUGAUAUAUGCAUGUAUGUACUUAAAACAAUCUCUUUUAAUGAUUCUAUAUUUUGAUUCGUUUGACUUCGACAUGAUUUCGUACUCUCUUUCGUCUUCAAAUUGCUUUUAAAUGUGUUUAUGGAUGAGCAAAUAAAAUGACGAUAUUUCUAUUUUUAGGUUGAUGAUUGUUUUGACAUAAAUAUUCAUAUAUUGUUCAAACACAAAGGGAAACACAAACAAAAGUACAGGUUACAGGUUUUGAUUUAAAGAACAAGUACAGGACAACAUAAACUAUACAAUGAAGACAUAUU